CGACUACCUGAUGAUUAGUGUUGUACUAGAGGUCUCUAUCUCCGAAGACCAUGGAAGGAGCUUGAGAUCCUACGGAAGCAGGCAUACCGGUGGUGUCUUGGUGGUGAGGUAGACUAGGGGCCAGUAUCUCCAGCACCUCCAAUAACGCCAACCGGCUUGGCCCCCUAGCUCAAUGAUAUGUUCCAACACAGCAAUUAUCCCCACCGGUCUGAGAUCAACCCCACAAGGUCGGGGUGAGGCCGAGGUCCAUAGAGCGGAGCUCCAGCACUUCGAGCAACCACGCAGAAGCAUAGCACUAUCCGAGAAGGCUGGCUCAUACCAUGCAACAUACGCCGCAAGCUAUAACCCUCUUGCUGGCGACCAUCAAGAAUCAUGACUCAAUGCUGGAUUCUAGGUCCCCGAAGCCUCUGCUCAACGAAUCAGACCUAACCACACAUCUUGACCUUAGCUGCCAUACUCCCAUGAACAUACCCAACUUACCUCACAUGUCACAGAGUGACUCAGUAAACAGCAACACCUCAACCCAACUUCCUAAAGAAUCGUACGAUCCUUGUCCCCACCCACCGAAUCACGACAGCUCCUUUCGAGGCUCAAUCCUCACCUACUUCUCGCAUCGUCCCAUCCCUACUGUUCGAGCUGAAGUGGUGGGACCGGAAAACAUCUCCCGUGACAUCGGUGCCCUGCUCGGAGCAGUAACGAUGACACUAUCUGCAGAUAACGGAUUGAACAAGAACAAGAAGGGAUGGCCCGGUCGAGUCGACGGGGCGAGCUGCGUCAUCGAUGUGGGCGCACCAUUGAGCACCUGA